AUUUCUUCAGCAGCGAAACAAUUUCCCAUUCCUCCAACCAGUGUUUUUACAUUCAAACAUCCGUUCUUUUUAGUACUACAAAGAAGACAUGAUGAUGAGUAACAAGAGAAGUAGAGGAGAAAUUGAAGAAAGCAUGGCAGCAACCAUGGCGAAGUGUUUAAGCUUAUUAUCACAUGAUAAUGGAGAUAUCAACUAUCAAUCUGUGAUUCAGCAGCAGAGGAUGCCAACAAGUACUCGAAGUCGUAUGUACGAAUGCAAAACAUGUAAUAAACAGUUACCAUCGUUUCAAGCGCUGGGAGGACAUAGGGCAAGUCACAAGAAACCUCGGUUGAUGGAACUGUACUCAUUAGAUAAUCAAAGUAUCAGUGGUAACCAGCAGCUAGCGAAGAAACAAAACAUUCAUGAGUGUUCUAUUUGUGGUUUGAAGUUUUCAAUUGGACAAGCUUUGGGUGGGCAUAUGAGAAGACAUCGAGCAUCCAUGACUGGAUCCUCACCAUCUAAUAAUACUGACGUUACUCAUCAAAAAGAAGUCUUACCACAGUUCCGGUACUGAUGAGAUCAAAUAGUUGCAGGAGAGUUUUGAGUUUGAACUUGGAUUUGAGCUUAUCUCUUCUUCCUUUAGAUAAUAAUGAUUUUGAAUUCUCCACUAUUUUAAAAUCAGACAGACAUAUGCC